AUGGCAGGCAGAUUUGAGCCCGACGAGCUACACAACGAGCUAGACGUCCUGGUGAACUACACCGACAUCGAAAGAGAUCUCGAAACACGCUUCCGAACAUCCUACUCACCCUUCACCCCCACCAUCCACCGACCAAUCGGCUCAGAGGCAGUCGACCAGUCCUCUCCUAUGUCCACAACUUCUUACUUACUCAAGGCUCAUCUCCCCACUGCGGCACCCGAGGAAGAGAACCGUGCCCACGGCGAAAACGCACAGUACAGCAGUGAAGAGGAACCGUCACUCAAAGCGUCCAUGCUCCAGGAGAUUGGGAUUAUUGAAAAGAAGGAGCAGGUGUCCAGAUGGCAAGGAAGCGUCGGCAUGGAUCGCCCUGUGUCGAUGAUGACGGGGAUGGUCCAUGAUCGAGAACGUCUGGGGGAGUCCGAGAUAGCGACCGAGAAGGCGACUGCGUACAGUGGGUCUGACGAUGGGGAGUGUAUCCAACCGACGGGAGAGAUUGAGAUGACCAACGAUCCUGCUACAGAGGAACAUGAAGCGUGGUCCAACAACGCGACAGACGAGACGGCAGAUGGUGAGAAGCCUGUUUUGUUUAAACGUGAGCGGAAGACCUCGCCAGAGUCUCCUGACGGGUUCAUCUUCAAGCGACGUCGUAGCGCUCGCAUUGCUGCUUUGCUCACCAAGCCGGAGUAA